GGAAGGUGCUAAGAUCAUGGUUCAAGUGGAAGCAGCUAAAGGCGGAAAGGCUGAAACUCUGGAAGCCGAUACUUUGCUGGUAUCAGUCGGACGAAGACCGUACACUGCCGAACUGGGCACCGAUACUGUUGGCAUUAAACUGGACGAAAAGGGACGAGUACCUGUGAAUGAACGAUUCCAAACGUGUGUGCCGUCGAUCUACGCCAUCGGUGAUGUGAUUCAAGGACCGAUGCUUGCACACAAAGCUGAAGACGAAGGUGUUUUGUGCGUUGAAGGUAUCGCUGGCGGUCCAACGCAUAUCGACUACAACUGCAUUCCGUCAGUUAUCUACACUCAUCCUGAAGUUGCUUGGGUCGGUAAAUCAGAAGAAAUGCUCAAAGCAGAGAACGUCAAAUACAAGGUCGGCAAAUUCCCAUUCACGGCCAAUUCGCGAGCGAAGACCAACAACGAAACUGAAGGUUUUGUGAAAGUAUUGGGCGAUAAAGAAACUGAUCGAUUGCUUGGUGUACACAUUAUGGGACCAAACGCCGGUGAAAUGAUCGCUGAAGGAGUUAUC